UUUAAUAUGAUGUUGCAUAGCUGAAGCGAAACAGCUUAAUAUUUACUUGUUAAGCAGCUGUAUUAAUGAGCAAGUUCUUUGUUUCUAUGUGAUUUUAGAUUUUAAGUAUCUUUUAAAAAAAAAAGUCAAACCGCUUGUCCCACUGACUCCACAUUCCAACGUUUAAACAUGAAGGAAGAGAUUGCAGCAACAGUGUUUUUCAUUGCAAGACUAGCAAAGAAACAAGGUAAACUCGAUCGUGUUAGGAGGGAGAAGUUCGCUGUGAAACUAACAUCAGUGCUCUUUGAAAAUUAUAAAAAUCACUGGUACCCAGAUAACCCAACCAAAGGACAAGCUUUUAGGUGUUUAAGGAUGAACAAGGCUCAAACGAGAGACCCAGUUAUUGAGCAUGCAUGUCGGCAGAGUGACAUUGUUUAUGAGCAUCUUGGAUUACCAAAGGAAAUGACCAUUUGGGUUGAUCCGGGAGAGGUGUCAUGCCGGUAUGGUGAAAAGUCAACCCCAUUUUGUGUUACUCAGUUGGAGGGUCAAAAGAGAGAUGGGGAGUUCUCUCGUAGGAUAAAUAAUGCAGUGGAAAGAGCUUCAUCGGACUACCACUCUGGAACCUCCUCUGAUGAGGAGGGAGGAAACACCAGCAUGAGCAGCAGCGUGAGUAGCAGUGUGAGUAGCAGCAACAGCAGCAGUCUUUCCGUUCCAGAGCCUAAAUGCAUCCCAACGGUUUCCAACCCAAACAGUGUCUACCAGUUCAGUGAGUUCGGGCAGCCCCCACCUAUGCAGAACUGGGGUACAUACCCUAAAAGAAAGCCUUAUGCCUCUGAGGGCUACCAGCAGAAUUCCUCAGGUGGACCAUACCCACCUCAUAAGAGUUUCAAGGGUUACAGGCCCUCCUACGCCUUUUCUGGUCCAAGGGUGGACCGAUAUCACUGGGUUAGCAAGAACCGCUCCUAGAUUUAUUUUUAAAAACCAGUGCGUUUUGUUGAAUCUCUAUGCAGGCAUGUGAGUGUUCUAGAAUAUAACUUAACUUCUAUGUAGAGCUAUAACCAAUUAUUUAUGGAGUCAUGU